AUGAAUACUACGAAUAACCAGCAAGAGCAUAAGGUGACAAAACCAAGAAUAAAAGUUCGUCAAGCCUGUGAUAAUUGUAGAAAGAGAAAGCUCAAAUGUACGGGGAAGCAACCAUGUUCCACUUGUGAAGCUUAUUCAUGCGACUGUAUAUAUUCCGAGAAGACUACAAAAAGGAAAAAGAGGACCACUAAGAAGAAACCUUCGGUGACAAAUCCUAAUUCUUUCAUCAAUGCCCUGAGUAAUGCUCCUUUGAAAUUGGAAAUUCCUCAAUCGAACACAUUCGAGGACGGUACCCCAAACACAUAUGUGCCUAAAUCUAGCACUGGUUCUUUUUCAGAAAUUACCUCUUUAGGAACCGUUGAUAUGUUGAUGCCACCAAUAAUAAAAGGUGAUAACGCAUUAUAUGAGGAUGAUGAAGAUUUUCAAAAUGAGUUGAAUAGUUUGGAAACAACCUUUCUUCAAUUGAAAUCUUUGUCUUCUACGCCGGAUGAUACUAUACUGAAUAUUUUAAAUGAAUUAGAGAAUAAAAUCAAGAAAUUGGUCGAUGAAAGGAAACCACAAAUUGACCAGAAUAAAGUCGCUCUUUAUCAAAACUCUAGCACUAAAUCAUUAGAGACAAAUCUUCUGAAAAAUAAAUAUUCUGAUACCAUUCAUCUUACUAGAUUCGCCAUCUUUUCAGGUUCAAAAUCGGAAGAUCAAUAUACCAAUCCUGGUCAACCUUUGAUUGACGAAAUGUUCGGCCUCUACUCCCCAUUCCAGAUUUUUUCAUUUCAAGGUAUUGGCUAUUCUUAUCAAGAACAUCUCAAAGGGUGCAAGGUAGGAUCAAUAUCUAAAGAUGUAAAAGAAACCUUGUAUUUAGUAUUGAGAUUUUUUGAUAUGUGCUUUUUACGAAUAAGUGAAAACAGUUUUUCAAUAACAAAUCCAUUAGAAAAUUAUCUCAAAAUGAAAAAUAUUCCUGUAAGUGCUUCAAAUACCCCAAGUUCUACGGCAUCAACUGGUAUUGUAGAAAAUAGCUCUAUAGCUAGUAUUUUAAUCAAUAAAUUACCCCAACCAUUUGUGCUGUCUAAUACCGGUGUUUCAACAGAUCAUUUACUCAGUUUACUCAAUGACAACUAUUCUAUGUUCAGAACAUUAUUGGAUAUGUACGAUAAGCACAAGAAAACGUUCGAUGAGUAUAUGAUUGAAAUGACAUCAGGUGAAAAAUUAAACUGCUCAUAUUCUUUUUCAAAUAAUGAAACAAAUACUUUGUUAAACUUCCUAGAUGGUGAACAAUUGCUGUUAUCAUUAUGCUACAGCUAUUACAAUUCUACAGUACAUGGUUUCGUCAGUUCGGAUUUCCAAAUGAGUUAUCUUGAAGAAUUAGUUCGCUUUAUCUCUAUAGAAUAUUGGCAACAGAAUUAUUUUGCAAUGGAUAAAGUCCUCUCUGUGGCACUCGAUAAAGCUAUGUGUGCAGGAUUAUCUCGCUGGGAGUUUUACGUCGGUCUAGAUGAGCAAGUCGCUGAGAAAAGAAGAACAUUGUGGUGGAAGUUAUAUUAUUACGAGAAAGUGAUUGCCAGUAAAAGAGGAAUACCCUCGAGGAUUAAUGAAAAUGUUAUGAAUUGUCUCCUGCCUAAAAAUUUCAGAGAUGCGGGAUUUCUCGAUAAUAGAGAAUUUAUUGAAAAAGUAACCUUCGUACCGAGAAAUGCUGUGUUUGAGAAAAUGAGCAUUAAAACCAUAGCAAAUUAUGGCGAACUUGCCAUUUUACAAAUCGUCAGUAAAUUCAGUAACGAUGUCCUUUUCAAUGAACGUUACACGUCUAUUAGAAAUUCCUCUAUACCAGCUUUAGCUAAAGUAAAACUAUUUAAAGAAGUGAUAGAAAAGUUCAAUGAAGUUAUCUUGAAGUUUGAAGCUAUUAAAGAACAAACAUCAAAUUUAUUCGAAAUUGCUACGAUGUCUUCAGAUGAGCUAAGAAAUUUUAUGACCAGAGAAGAAAUUAAUACGGCGAGAACUUAUUCCCUCAUUUAUGAAGAUAGCUUGGCUAAACUUUUGAGUACGAUUGAUAAUCUUGAAGCAAGAUUAAGUUGUAGACCAUACACAAAAUUUCAAAUGGCUUACGUAAAAAGGAAUUAUGAAAUGAUUUUAUCAUGUUGGAAACGAAUAAAUAGAAUAGUGCUCAAUUUUGAAGAUAGCUAUUUUUGUGUUAAGACUCUUUUCUUUUACGGUACUAUUUCAGUAUUUAUGGUUAUGAAAAUAGAAGAUUAUGCUGUUGCAAUGGAGCAAGAAGAUGUAUUUUCGUUGAUGAAAGUUUGGAAUAAGCUUAGUUCCUUCCACAUAAUCGCGAAAAACGAAGAUUACCCACAGGUUUCAGACAGUUCUCUUUUCAAAAAUUUCUCGAGGGGUUUAUCAUUUGUGUCUUUAUCUUGUAGACUAACGAUAUUGAAAUAUUGCAAAUCAAAUAGUAUUGAAAUUUCUGAUUUUGUUAAAGCUUUUCAACAAAGUGAGCCUACUUUAUACGCAAUUCCUAAAAUGAUUUUAGAUACAAAAUCUUUGGCCUAUAGGUAUCUCCUGAAACCUGUUGAGAAAUCAGGGUUCCACUUGAAGUUUCAUAAAAUGCUCGAAGCUUCUUUCGGACAAAAAAAUUCACUUUCUACGAGCAAUAAUAUUCAACAUAACUGUGGGAUGGGUUUCUCUAGGGAAACUUCCAAGCCCAACACUCCUGCAUAUAAUGCUUUAAAAGGUGAGAGAUUUUCUGAUACUAAUGAGCAAAGCCCUUCUGCCAACCCUGGUAUGAAAUUUUCAAACGAGACAGGUUACACUGAAACACAGUCUUCCUACUUCAUACCAAAUUUUCAACAUGUAGGUUUAGAACAACCACGCUUAGAUAGUUUCCUAGAUCCUGACGCCUUUUUCUCAAGUUAUAAUUUAGGUACUUUAGACGAAUUUGUAAAUAGUGAUAUGACUGAUUUAUGCAACAUAUUAUGGAGUGAUCUUUAUCCAGAUGUCUUUUAA